GUACAAAUUUCAUUCGUUUCUCAUCACUCACAAUACCACCAGCACCCACCAAGCUAGCUAGCAGCCAUGGAGAGGGAGAGCAAUAAGCAGCAGCAGCAGAAGCAGCCAUGGAGCUACACCAGCUGCGGCUUCAUAGCCAGCAGCACCAGCAGCUUCACUUGGCCGCCGAGAUCCUACCCCUGCAGCUUCUGCAAGAGGGAGUUCAGGUCGGCGCAGGCCCUCGGGGGCCACAUGAAUGUCCACAGGAGGGACAGGGCCAGGCUCAGGCACGGCUUCCCUCCUCUCCCUCCUCCUCCUCCGGUCGCUUGCCGCUCUAGCAGGGCACCGGCGGCGGCGGUGAUUCCCAAACUCAACUAUCCGCCGCCGCCGCCGCCGCCGCAGUACGACCAUCGCCAUCGCCCCGCCACCAGCACAUCAAUUGCGGAGGUGAGCUUGCAGCUGGGUGUUGGAGUGGUUCGCAGCUGCAGCACUACUGCGACUCCAAUCACUCCAGGCGGCGGUCCGGAGGAGGACGACGGCGGUCUGGACCUUGAGCUUAGGCUCGGCGCCUCUUAGCUUGCUUCAUCAGAUUUAUGCGAUCAGGAUGCAUGCAUGGAUGAAUGUAUAUAUGCAUGCUUGCUAUUUUAAUUAGUUUUACUUGUACCGUACCGUAUUAAUUUAUUAGCUAGUUCUCUAGUAAUGUAAUUGUAACCUGCUAGAUGGCUUGCUAGGGGUUAGUUAGCCCA